AUGAUUUAUCUCUGGUUUCUCUUUUGGGUUUGCACAAGUUCAAGUUAUGCUCAACAGUUUUAUGAUUCAUCAAGUUGUUAUUCAGAAAAGAGUGGUCCAGGUUCAAGAUACACCUGCAAUUACUCCCAGAAUUCCUGUGAUACUUUUGUAGUCUACAGAGCUAGCAAACAACUCCAGACUAUUGCAGCCAUAACAAAGUCAUUUCUCUUGAACCCUGAUGAAGUACUUCAGCAUAACAAUCAUACAUCUCUUUAUGAGAUUCUCAAACCAGGUAGGGAAGUUUUUGUUCCCAUUAAAUGUUAUUGCGCAGGCCAGUUUUUUCAGGCAAAUUUCAGCUACAAGGUCCGGGAGGAAAGCACAACAUUUUCUGAGAUUGCUUGUGGAGUUUUUGAAGGGUUACUUAAAUAUCUUACACUAAAGGAGGCGAACCCAUCCAAUGAGACCAAGGUUGGUUCUGAGCUUCAUGUGCCUGUGAGAUGUGCUUGUCUUGAUAAUUUCACUCGUAGUAUAGGAGUGACUCACCUUGUGACAUACCCCCUUAUAGAAGGAGAUCUAUUAGAAACAUUGAGUACGAGGUUUGGAAUUUCUAGUGAAGAUUUAAGUGCAGUAAAUAAUUUAAAACCUGACCAAACCAUUUAUCAACAGUCAACUGUUUUAAUUCCCUUGAAAGCUGAUCCAGUCAUAGAGUUCAGUAUCCCAGAUUCAGAUUCAGGUUCUCCACCUCCAACUGUUUUCCUUCCCACAAUUCCAAGGGAAAAAACAUCAAAAACCUCAAAAUUAAGAGGUAUUUAUAUUGCAGGAUCUGUUUCUGGGGUUUUUCUUGUAGUUGUGGCAUUGGUUGCAUGUGGGUUGUAUAUACAGGCCUUUAAGAAAUGGAAGGGCAAGAACUUCCAGUCUUUCACUGCUGAAAGCUCUCCAGUCUCUUGCUCACCUGUUAGAAGCUCUGGAAGAACCGGUCAAACGAGCACAAACUCCACAAUUUCAUGUUUAUCCCCAGAUCUUCUUGUUGGAAUAAAAUACUCAUUGUUCCUGUACAGCAUAGAGGAACUCAGGAAAGCAACCAGAGAUUUCAGUGAAGAAAGCAAGAUUGGUGAUCAAGUCUUUAAGGGAUUGAUCAACAAUGUUGAAGUGAUGAUCAAGCAGACGAGGUUUGAAGAUACUCGAAGGAUUAUUAAUUUAUAUUCGAAGAUCAAUCACAUCAAUAUUGUUAGUUUACAUGGUAUAUGUUAUGGAGAAAGUGAUUUUUCUUGUUCAUAUCUGGUGUUUGAGUUCCCUCGAAAUGACUGCUUGAGGCAAUGCUUAUCUAAUCCUUAUAAUCCUCUCCUGUGGCAUAGGAGGACACAAAUUGCUUUUGAUAUUGCAACUGGACUUCACUAUCUGCAUUACUGCACUUUUCUCUCCCAUGCACACAUGAGUUUGUGCAGCAGAAAUAUCUUUGUGACUGCAAAUUGGAGAGCAAAACUUGCAAAUAUUGAGACCAAUACCCCUUCAGCUGUGCCCUUGAAAGGGAAUGAUAAAAGCGAGAGUCUCAGAGAAUGGGUGGCUCCAGAGUACCUCCAUGGCUCAACUUCUGAAAAGGCUCACAUUUUUGCAUUUGGAGUAGUUUUGCUUGAGCUCAUCUCGGGAAGAGAGGACCCUGAUGGAAAAUGGUUUAGAGAAUCUAUUGAAUUUUUGGGAGGAGCAAGUGAAAGCGGCUGUUUUGAACAAUUGAGGAGUUUCGUGGAUCCAUCUCUCAAGGAUGACUUUUCAUUGGCGGAAGCUCUAUGUUUAGCUGUUUUAGCCAAGGCUUGUGUGGAAGAUGACCCUCUUCGUAGGCCACCCAUGGAUGAUAUCAUGAAAGUCCUAGCCAGAAUGGCAUGA